AUGUUGAUCUGCCUCACAGUGGGGCUCACCUGUCGUGAGGUCAGCGGUUUCAUGGCCUCCAGACCGGAACCGGCGCGGUUCGAGCUCGGUGGAUGGGCGCCGCAGAAGAAGGACAACGCCGACGAUGAGGCUGACAGUGGAACCUCCUCGACCUCAGAGGUGUCAAAGCGCCUCUCCAUGCAUCAGAAGGAUAUGCUGCGCCGUAUUGUCUACGAGGUCUCCCACUGCAUGCGGCCCUGUCUCAACAAUGGAAUUACCCUGCUGCCGAGAAACACUGUUGACCUCUGCCGUUGUGUCUGCCAGCCCGGAAAUUACGGUCUCGCCUGCGAGUAUGAGCUGACCGAGGAGGAGAAACGUCUGCAUCGUUAUGCCCACUGA